AUGACUCAGCAGGAGCAAGAUGAGUUUGAUCAGAGUCUGGACAGCGCCCUCUGCUGGAUUAAACAGAUACAGACGAGGCUGGAAUCCAAUGACAACACACAGGGACCCAUGGAAGCUCUGGAGGGUCGGGUACGAGAGACAGAGGAGAUCUGUGAGUUCGAACACGAAGGCAUCGCAAGGGUAGACAUGGUUCUUUCAGCUUCAAAGCCCUUGAUCCAGAAUGGCAGUGAAGAGACAAGGGCUGAGACACGCUCCAAGCUGAGAGAACUCAAAACGCUGUGGGAGGAGACGUCCACAUAUAUCAUCCAUUGUCACAGCCGAGUGAAGUGGGUUUGGCUGCAUUGGUGUGAAUAUGUACGCGCAUACGAAGGUUUCUGGUCAUGGCUGACCAAAGUGCACUCGGAAGUGAUGCGAUACCCGGAGCUGCAGCUUGGGACCAGAGAGAAACUCUGGCAGCUGGAUCAGCACCGCGUGCUUCUGAUAGAUAUCCAGCACCAUGCAGAACCUCUAGAGAGACUACUUGAUGAGGCCGCCACCCUACACAGCAAGACUCAGGACCCAAGCUUGGAACCACAAGCAAUGGAGAACCUCCAGGAUGUUUAUAGACAGGUUCUGCACAAGGCACAGGAGAGAGUGGCAACGCUGGAAAAGAUAGUUGAAGAGCAGCAGACAUAUAAUUCUUCGGUACAGAACUUUCAAGCUUGGCUGGCAACUCAAAACCAUGAACUAAAUCAGUAUUUGGAGGAUGAGAAAUCAACUGAAGACAAGAACAGCACACUCCAGGAGAUCUUUGAGAAGGUUAGUGGUAAAGAGGAGCUCCUGCAACAAAUGGAGCACGUAGCAGAGGAGGUGAAGGCUUGCUCUUCGCCGGAUGGAUCCCUUCAGGUGGUGCGAGAGAUGGAGGCUCUGAGGCAAGCUUGGGAAGGUCUGAGAGAGCGCGUCCUACAGGAGAAGGAGAGCAAGCGCUCCAGCAUGCUUUCUCAACAGGCCCUGGUCUCACAGUGUGAGGAGCUACAUGAGGAGGUCACUCGGCUUCAUGCCAUUGUGAAGAGCCUGAACCAGCAGCUGAAGGAGUUGGAGGAGGACACCCAAAGCAGGAGAGAGAAUAAUAUGGCAAGAGAUUGGCAGCAGACAGUGAAUGUUUACAAUAUGGUGACAUCAGAAGGACCUCGUGUGGAACAGCUGAAGAUUCGACUUGGGGAGCUAAUCAAGCAGUCACGUAACGCAACUUCCAUUUUUAACGAGGUCCUGGCUGUUAUCAAGGAGUUUCAUGGAGUGAAACAUCGGGCGUCGAAGCUGUUUUUGGAAAUGAAAUCAAACUUUCAUCAGAGUUUACAAGAUCUAUUCCAAGAUUUUAGCCAGUGGAGACAAAAGGCCACCAAGUUCCUGGAGAUGUCAGAGGAAUCAGCUGAAAUUAGCCACAUUGCUAUGCUCAUGAAGAGUAUUGAGGUUAAGAUGAAGGAGAGCAAGCAGAAUGUGAAGGAACAUGAAGACUUCAAGGAGAAUCUGCUGGACCUCAACAAAUGGAUGGUAGGAAUAAGACGGAGGCUGGACACGUUCUGUGAUGCUACUGGAGAAUGCAGAGUAGAAGACUGCCGCAUUGAUGCUGAGGUUCGGAAAUUUAUCGAUCUCUCAGCCAGCUGUUCAGAACCUGAACCUGAACCUGAACCGUGA